UUUGUAUGUAAUUUAUUGUACAUGGCCUGCAAUGCCUGUUAAAUGAUUUGGUUCGACGAAUUUAUUUUGAGCAGUCGAUCGUGCUCCGGUCUCGACGUAAGUGAAGCUGGAAGAUUUAUGUAGAGCUUGUUGAUUCAGGAUCUACCAUCAGAUUUCUUCCUGGUUUCCAAGGCCCUCUUCCUUUCGAGCUCGAGACCGGGUACAUUGGUGUGGGUGAGGCAGAGAAAGAUCAAAUGUUCUACUACUUCAUCAAAUCUGAGAGUAAUCCAGAGAAAGACCCUCUUCUUCUCUGGUUAAGUGGAGGUCCUUUCUGUUCUUCGUUCACUGCUCUUAUUUAUGAGAAUGGGCCAAUUGCUUUCAAGGCUGAGGAAUACAAUGGAAGUAUCCCCUCUUUGGUCUCUACCACAUAUGCAUGGACUAAGGUGGCGAGCAUUCUCUAUUUGGAUCAGCCUGUUGGGACUGGCUUCUCCUACUCCAGAAAUCCACUUGCUGAUAUACCAAGUGACACAGGGGUAGCUAAGCCGGUCAACGAGUUUCUUCAUAAGUGGCUAGACAAACAUCCUGAGUUCUUAUCCAAUCCGCUCUAUGUCGCCGGAAAUUCUUAUUCCGGUAUUGUCAUUCCGACCAUCGUUCAAGAAAUCUCAAAUGGAAACCAUUUAGACAGCAAACCUCAAAUAAAUCUUCAGGGCUUUGUACUCGGAAACCCGGCAACAGACACUGAUAUUGAUCUUAACUCUCGCAUUCCAUUUGCUCAUGGAAAGGCACUGAUCUCUGAUGAACACUAUGAGUCUCUAAAGAGAAGUUGUCAAGGGAAUUAUAUUAGCGUGAAUCCUCGUAACACAAAAUGCUUGAAACUCCUUGAAGACUUUAAAAAGUGUGUUUCUGGAAUAAGUGAAGAAUAUAUUCUAAAACCUGACUGCAUGUGGCUUUAUUCUUGUAUGGCAAAUCUGCAUUCGCUAUCUGAAUAUUGGGCAAAUGAGAAAAGCGUGCGCAAAGCUCUUCUAGUGAACGAGGGUACCGUAAGAAAAUGGAUACGAUGUAAUACGGAAAUCGCAUACAAUAAGGACAUUAGGAGUAGUGUGCCAUAUCAUAAGUAUAUUAGCAUUGAAGGGUAUCGAUCUCUCGUCUUCAGUGGUGAUCACGACAUGUUAGUACCUUUCCUUGGAACUCAAGCAUGGAUAAGAUCUCUCAACUAUUCCAUUGUUGACGAUUGGAGACCAUGGAUGGUUCAGAAUCAAGUUGCUGGAUACACAAGGACUUAUGCGAAUAAGAUGACAUUUGCCACUGUCAAAGGAGGCGGGCACACGAGUGAGUAUAAACCAGUGGAGACCUAUAUCAUGAUCAAGAGGUGGUUAAGUGGUCAACCUCUAUAAACAACCAACACUAAAUUUUCUCCACCAAAAUCAAUCUAUGUUGAUGACUAUAGAUUGAGCACAACAUAAUAUCAACACUUAUAUUUCUUUUCAAUAAUCCUUCCCCAAUAAAACCUUUUGUAUUGAGCCCAAAUAAGGAAAUAAAAUGAUGAUUAGUGAACAUUAUUCAUAAUAUACACUAUCGUUAUUUCGCCAAA